AUGAGGGAUAUUGUCACCCUGCCCGCCGACAAGGGACGCUCGACUGUUGUCAUGGAUAAGACUGAUUACACGACGAAGCUGCAAAGUCUGUUGGAGGACGAAGGUGCCUAUGAGCUUUCGGAGACUGGAGAGUUCAAGAAGCACGUGAAUAGCGUAAACAGGGCAAUAGAUAAGUUGAGGAAGGCAGGAGCCCUCAAAAGAAAUGAGGCAUUGGCGGCAAAAGCCACAGAUGCCGCCAUGGCGCGUUUCUACGGCCUGCCAAAAUUGCACAAGCCAGGAGUCCCCCUACGCCCCAUAGUCUCCCUACGCGGCACCCCGACCUUUGGACUCUCAAAAUGGCUUUACCAACGGUUUCGUUUCCUCACCGAGGGCUCGGAAUGGACGGUGAAGUCGGCUGAAGAAUUCCUGAAAAGCAUCAGAAACCUAGAAAUAGAACCAGAUGAGAUGAUGGUAUCGUUUGACGUGGUCUCAUUAUUCACGUCCAUUCCAACCGCCCUCGCCAUCAGCACAAUUGACGAGCUUCUUCAGGAAAAGUAUGAUGACGUUGACCAACAACUUAAGCGAACGCACAUCACUGAACUCCUGGAAUUGUGCCUCAGGACUUUCUUCACUUUUGGCGACCGGGUUUACGAGCAGAAGAAGGGAACACCGAUGGGAUCCCCCCUGUCUGGGUUGAUCGCUGAGGCCGUUUUGCAGAGGCUAGAACGACUAGUCUUCCGUUCGUACUCCCCAAAAUUCUGGGCCAGAUAUGUCGACGACACAUUUGUCGUAAUCAAGAGGAACGACGUUCAGAACUUCAAGGUCUUACUGAACUCAAUAUUCCCCGACAUCCAAUUUACAAUGUAAGAGGAGAACAACAACCAAUUGCCUUUCCUCGACGUGAAUGUUGCAAGGACGGUUAGUGGGAGGAUAAGAACUACGGUAUACCGUAAGGCGACGAAUACCAGACGCAUCCUCCAAUUCCGAAGCAACCACCCUAUUGGUCACAAGCGAAGUUGUGUGAGAACUCUCUUCCAACGAGUUCAAACACACUGUAGCGACGACGACGGGAAAAAGGAGGAGACAAAAUAUCUACAUGCCUUAUUCAUAGCCAAUGGUUACCCACGAUCCUUCAUACGUGAGUGCCGACGAAAGACUACCCGUCAGCGAUCAGACGAUGAGAAGCCGAAGUUUUGGCUGGCGAUCCCCUACGUGAAGAAUGUUUCCGAGGCGACAGCUAGAAUCCUAAACCCUUUUGGGGUUGGGGUGGCCCAUAAACCGGAAUCCACCAUCAGACAGCAGAUAAUGAGACCCAAAGACCCGCUACCGGCAACGGAACAAUCAGCAGUGGUCUACAGCAUACCGUGCCAAAAUUGCAAUGCACGGUAUGUUGGUGAAACGGGGAAACGCCUCUGCACAAGGCUGCAUGAGCACCAGCUUGCAGUCAACCAUGAGGGUAAACUGUCACUGGUAUAUGGCCACAUGCAACAGGAGAAACAUAAUUUCGCCUUUGGGGAAGCAAGCGUCCUCAGUCGAGCCCAUGACAAGAUGGCUAGGCUGGUGCUCGAAAGCUGGUCCUCAGUUGGCACAAUCAACAGGGCUAUUGAUCUUCAUCGGCCUACCAGGCGCUGCGUACAAGACUCCAGUCAGUCCAGACGGGGCCGACAGUACUGGCGAGCGAGUCGCGGCUCCUCCAACAGUUGUCACCUUCACAGCAGGGGGAAGGAGCCAGCCGGAGGUCACACGACGAACGCGAGACAUCGACCCACCGGCGCGCCCAGACAGCCGAGCGUGAUUCGCACAUGCAACGGCAACUGAUCAGUCCAUCCGAUUAUGAGGUGAGGGCCCAUGGGCACACAGGACUGGCAGCGAUUACGACAGCCGGUCAGGGGGCAGAGGUCACAGGAGCGCGUCAUUGGCCGCCCGCGGAGGAACCAAAGCCAAUCCCCAGCCAGAAGGCAGGUCAGAGUUCGUGAGUCAGGCAUGCUUAUAACACAAGACAGGCGGCGAGGCAGAACAACUUCGAACAAGCAGGAACAGACACCACACCACUCUGAUGAUGGAAACGAGGAUGUUUCCGAAACGUCAGCACCAAUACACUGUGGUCCAUGCAAUCGCCCCUUUUUCUUCUUCGUCUUCUUUUGGGGAUGAUGAACGGGAUAAUUUAUCAGGACCUCGAAUAUUUACUCAUGUUGAUAUAUAUAUAUAUAUAUAUAUAUAGUGGUUGUGGGUGCUCACCGAUCGUUCAUACGGCACUCACUCGUUCCGUAGUGCCUUAAGGGCUCUCCCUCGAGCCCAACCAGCAGCCACACAGCGGCGCAUGAUAUAUAGGCAGAAUGGUAUUACCGGCAAAGUCAAGGGAGACUGGAAUGGCCAUUUCUGUCUUAUUAGCCGUCGUCAGCCAGCCCUUCCCAAGCCCGGGGUGUGGAACACCGGAGCCUCGAACUCGCGACCUGUUGGUUUAGAAGUCCACGGCUCUACCCACCCGGCCACGAGCCCGUUGCCCUGUCUGUGCCCCGUUGCCCGAUCAGUGAGCGCCCCCUACCACUGUAUAUUCCGAUCGAAAACCAACAGGGCAACGGGCUCGUGGCCCGGUGGGUAGAGGCGUGGACUUCUAAUCCAACAGGUCGCGAGUUCGAGGCUCGGGUGUUCCACACCUCGGGCUUGAGUAUGGCUGGCUGACGACGGCUAAUAAGCCAGAAAUGGCCAUUCCAGUCUCCCUUGUCUUUCUCGGUAAUACUAUUCUACCUAUAUAUCAUGCGCCGCUGGCGGUCAAUCUAAACCAUUACCAGUACACGAAAACGCAAAGCAAUUGCACUUAUUCUACUCAAAAUGCGACAGGGCGGACGAGCCAAACCGUAGUGAUACCUUGCUAUUCCCCUUAUAAUAAAUUCCUCGAAUCUGAAGGCCUUCAUUCUCUGGAAAUAAACAUACCCCUGAGAUGGAUGUCACUUGCGUACCUCUAUAAAACACUAUUCUACGAUAGUGCCAACUUGCUUUUUUGGAGAUGAGAAGACGAUAUACUUUCCUCUAUUUGUUCCUCCUCCUCUUCCUCAAAAAAUAACUUCCCAGGACAGCAUGAACAGCAUUCUGGGGGGUCUCAGCACUGCUGCUCUUUCGCCAGCUCAGAAUAAAACCGACUUCUUCGAUGAUGAGCGAUUUUUGUGCCUAAAGUCAGGUCGUCAAAAUAUCGUUCAAGGAAGAUCUGGAAUAAAUGAGAUAGAGAAGUUACGGCUCUGAUUUUAUAUGUCGCGAUAGGGUAAUUGAAUAGAGACUCAAGUGAAUUUCCUGUGAUCGGAGAGGAGCCCAAAAUACUGAAAUACGUUUUCGAUUACGAAGGAUUACUUAAGCGGUGUUGUAAAAUUGAUUAUCCCGCGGCAUAAUCCCAUAGUAUUGUGAAUGCGUUAGGCGUUCGGCUUUUGAAUGUGCUUAUUUUCAACCCCAUUCAUAAACCCACUCGGUAAAAAGGUGAUUACUUAAGUAAUAUGCAUGUUUUUCCACUGAAUUUUGAUAGUCUUGUAAAUUCAGGAGUAUUUUGUAAAAAACAUGCACAAGAACAUGGCAUCGUUCACUCUUUUGGUGGAAAAUCACAUUGUCGUUUCAUCUUAUAUUCUAAGAAAGGUUAUGUUUUGGUUCUAAAAAUGUCGCUAAUUAUGAGAUUUUUAGGAUCGUGCGAUGUCCACACAUACAACAUCGCACAUGUCCAUUUGCUUUUGGUCUUCAUGACGUAUACGACACAGUCCACAUCCAUUGCAAAAUUUUCUGAACUCUAUAUGGUAUCUUCGUAGAGACACUGAGUAAUAUACGAUUUUCAUUAGGCGGAAAACAUGCACCAUGUAGACUGAAAUCGCCAAACCAUAGUGUUGACGGCUGAUAUGCCUCAAAAUUGUUUAGGAAUUAGGAAAACUUCCCAAAACCUAAGUCUGCACCUUCUUCAGGUAUAAACUGUGAAGACAAUAUGAUUUUCUAACAAACGGAAAAAAUAAAUACAUUGGAAUAUACAAGACCAUCGAAAAUCCAUGUGAAAAAUGCAUGCAAAUUAAGUAGUCAUUUUCUACCGAGUGGUUUUCUACGUCGAAAAGAAGUACAUGCAAAAGCCUACAUACUGGCGCGUGAUUAUGCCGCAUGAUAAUCAAUUUAGAACCCCAUUUCAGUAAUCCUUCCUAACCGAUAACGAAUUUCAUAAUUUCGGCCAACAUUUCAGGAGAUCGGUCAGGCACAGUAUUUACUUUGAUGACGCUAUUUGUUGUUAAUUAGACUCUGCAAUCCACUACAACAAAAUUCGUGGACAAUAGUGGAGUUCGGCCGCGGCGGCACAACCGGGCAGGCCUAUUUAUGGUGACACUUCUCGCCCAGAGGGGGAGGGGCUAGAGAAGGUGCAGGGGAACCACGUCGUCUGCUGGCUGACCGUGGUCGCAGACUCUAAACUCACGGUCGAAACAACACCACCACCAACUACAAAAACAACAAUACGCUCUCCCUCUUCCUCCUCCUGCCUCUUUUUCCUCGUCUGCAUCGUAUUCUUCUUUUUCUUCUCUCCCUCCUUCCCGCCGCCCCACUCGCCAGUCUGGCAGGUUGAGCCCGCCCACUCUGGCAGCCUGAAAUGUACGUUCCCUUUUAGACAAUCCGAGAAGCGACCGACCGGAACGGACGACAGCGCUAGUGGCUCGGGAACUGGCGCGCGAGACCCGGUUUCCCGAACAAGGUCAACUGGAGGAGAUGGGUGCCGGUUACACCUUUCUCUGGAUUGGUCGCCCCAGGGCAGAGCGACGUGACGCGGGUGUCGCCUUCGCUAUCCGUAACGACAUCGUGGGACGAUUGCCCCGUCUGUCACAGGGCAUCAACGAUCGCCUGAUGAGCCACCGUCUGCCUCUCCGCAAAGCGAAAUUCGUCACCAUUAUCAGCGCCUACGCUCCGCCGGUGACCAACCCUGACGCCGCAAGAGACAAGUUUUACGAGGACCCGCACGCCUUCCUGGGUAUGUGUCAAAGGCGAACAGGUUGAUUGGCCGUUCGCGUCUCCUUGCCCUCCUCCUCUGUCACGCUGCAUUUCUGUCCGCCUCACACUCCCUGUCAAGUCGCUGCUGAGACGCGCGUGGCUUGUCACCAGCCUCGCGAGUGCUCCCGGCUAACGGACGCGGAGACAACGAAAAGCGCAUACACGCCCUGGGUCUCAGCACCUCGAAGGCGGACACAGACAACAACUGGCCUGGAGAGCGCGCUUGUGGCGAUUGCCCACAGAGCCUUUGUGCACCCACUUCCGGAACAGUAAAGGUUGUUCGACUCACUCCGUCCCCCCUGACUUUUGAUUGGGAAUCUUUGUCUUGUCGACUACUCUACUUUUGACAAUAGGUGACUCCCUUGCGAACAGCCGUCUUCCUUCUUCCGAAUCUACGAUAAAGUCAGGCGUUUAUAAUGGACAAUUUUCCACCGGAAGUGUAGCAUAUUUUAGCACCCGACUUCGGCGUUCUUUCGGCCACGCAACUUACUCAGAUGGCCGAUCGGCUUAUGGAGAUGCACGGUUUUUAUAAACCAUUUAUUUCAGCACUCCCAACUUCCUCAAAUCCUCCUGCGUCUCCCAUUUCGCAGUUGGAGAUCGAACUCAGCAAGCCCGCCGAUGAUAUAACUUCUCUCCAGAAGCAGACAGUCUCUCCCUCAUCUCGGAGCAAAACCGAAGCCGUCCACCCUGCUUGUCCAGUCUUCACAUUCAGCACGUUCAAACGCAGCUGCCAUCUGCUGGUACCACACCACAUUUGGUGUUAAAACCCGUCACUGCAUCUCUCCCUGCUCCUUCACCUUCAAGCAGAGCAAACGGGAAGGUCAUUGCAGCCAAUCUUCCCGACAGCUCUAACCAUGGUCGCACAUUUACGUCCGCGACACCCGGAGUUGCACACGUUUCUUGGUUGACACUGGUGCCCAGCUAAGUGUCAUUCCACCCACACCAGCUGAUCGUCGGUGCCCCAAUCCCGGUUUUUUCCUACAGGCCGCCAACACUUCGCCAAUUGCUACCUUUGGCACCUGCUCCCUCUCUCUGGACAUCGGUCUUCGAUGUCUUUUCCCCUGGGGUCUUCGUCGUCGCUGAGAUCCCCUGUGCCAUUCUCGGUGCAGAUUUCCUCGGCGCUUUCGAUCUUCCGGUCGACUGCCGUCAGUCACGUCUACACGACAAACCACCAACCUCACUGUCCGGGGUAUCUUUUCCUCCGACGUUUCCCGUCAACUUGCUGUCUUGGACCCUGAACCCGAAAAUCCAUUUCGGCAACUCCUCGCCAAAUACCCCGGCCUCACUCGUCCCAACUUCAACGCCUAUAUUCCACCACACGAUGUUGUUCACCACAUCCGGACCACUGGCCCUCCCGUGUUUUCUCGACUCUGCCGUCUCGCGCCUGCACGUCUUGCUGCCGCCAAGGCGGAGUUCGAACACAUGCUUCAGAUGGGCAUCAUCCGUCAAUCUGAAAGCCCAUGGGCCUCACCGCUCCACAUGGUCCCAAAGGUCGCCACUGGUGACUGGCCCCCCUGCGGUGAUAACACGGCCCUGAACAACAUUACUGUCCCGGACAGCUACCCUGUCCCACAUCUUCAGGUUACUGCCAGUGUCCAUUCAGCAAGUCUGUGUUUUCCAAGAUCGAUUUGGUCCGUGCUUUCCAUCAAAUUCCCAUCGCCCUAGAGGAUCUUUCGAUGACGGCCGUCACCACCCCAUUUGGCCUCUUUGAGUUCCUGCGCAUGACGUCUUGACUCCGCAACGUCUCACAGACCUUUCAGAGGUUCGUAGACAGAGUGCUUCGCGGCCUACCAUUUGUCUGCGCCUAUAUCGACGACCUUCUGGUAGCUAGCUCCACCGCCUAAGAACACAUGGAGCAUUUGGCAACGGUGUUUGACCACCUUCAACAAAACUGCGUUGCUCUCAACCCGUCUAAGUGCGUCUUCGGUGUUUCCUCCCUAAAAUCUCUCGGGUUGCGGCCACCCGUGAUUUCCCUCCCUCCCUCCUCCUCCUCCUCCUCCUCCUCCUCCAAACGUCAGCUGCAGCGAAUUCUGGGUAUGGUUAAUUUCUACCGCCGGUUUCCGCCGUACUGUGCCGACACCAUCCUGCCGACUACGAACAUCCUCUCGGGUCCCAAAGGUUCGUUCGAGCCGUCUGCAGACCCCCUCACUGCUUUUGAUAAAGUGAAGGCUGCCCUGGCCGACGAUAUCCUCCUGACCCAUUUUUCUCCCGAUGCUCCCAUCUUCCUCAUGGUUGACACCUCCAAUGUUGCAGUAGGCGCGGUUCUCCAACAGCACCUUGCAGGUCGCAUCCAGCCCUUAGCUUUCUUCCCCAGGAAGUUAUCACCUGCCGAGACGCGCUAUAGCGCAUCUGGACGAGAGCUCCUUGCUGUCUUCCUUGCUGCGAAACACUUCCGGCACUUUAUGAGGGCAGGAACUUCACUGUCUUCAUGGUUUGCAAGCCCAUUUCGUUAGCUCUCAAGUCCACGUCUGAUAAGCUCAACCCCCGAAAAAUUCGCCAACUGGACUACAUCUCACAGUUUACCUCAGACAUCUGCCACAUCGACGGGUCACGCAAUGAGGUGACUGACGCACUGUCCAGGCCCUCCAUCGCACAUUACCAACUCUCACCCGGGAUCGAUCUAACUAAGAUGGCUGCCGAACAGCGCCGUGUCGAUUCACCCUGUGAUGAGGAUGUUUCCAGACUCCAACUUCAGGAACUACCACUAACAACUGGGAACGACACCAUUUUAUGCGACGUAUCCACCCCUUCCAAUCGUCCAUUUGUGCCACCAUCUCUCCGCCCCAAAGACUUCUCCUCCUUGUACAACUUUUCUUAACCUGGGAGUUGAGAAACCGGCAAACUGGUUCCCGACCGCUUCGUCUGGCCUGGAGUGCACAAGGACCUGAAAGCAUGGGCACGGGCGUGUCUCGGCUGUCAGCGGAAUGAGGUCCAACGGCACAACAAAGCUCCCAGUGGCACCUUCCCUACCCCGGACGCACAGUUCAGUCAUGUUCACCUGGACAUCGUAGGCCCCUGCCUCUUUUCAUUGGCUGUUCCCAUCUCCUUACCUGCGUGGAUCGAUUCACCCGGUGACCGGAAGCUAGUCCCCUUGCCUGUCACUGCUGCUCAAACGGUGGUCAAGGCUUUCCUCACUCGUUUGGUUGCUAUCUUUGGUGCAUCCUCAACAAUCACGACUGACCGUGUUGCCCAGUUUGAGUCUAACCUCUUCCAGUCUUUGCUCUACUUUUUAGGCCGUACCCGCAUCCGGACAACAGCCUAUCACCCGGCUGCUAACGGGAUUGUCGAGCGUUUACACCGUCAACUGAAGGACUCCCUACGCGCCGCGGCCGAUCCGGAGAACUGGACAGACCACCUUCUUCUGGGCAUCUUGGGCAUCGGCUCCGCUCUUAAGCCGGAUAUUGACUGA